CUUCCGGGCCGGGCACCGCCCCGCGGGCCGGAGCCGCCGGCAGCUCCGCUCCGAGCCCGGUACUGACCCGCUGAAAGCCAUUACCGAAACCAGCAACUCGCACAGCGAGCCCUACCCAGGUUUAACUCGUACUUUGCUAAUGGCGCUUCCCUCAGCUGACAGCCAGACCCCGCCAGGUUAUAAUCCGCAGCUGAGAGUGCCCUCACAGCUCCGGCUGGCCGCCGUCUGCAGCUGAUGCCCUUAGAGGUUCUCCUGCGGCCACGGGGAGACGAAGAUUUGUAGUCUGUGGUUUUUUUGCUUUGUGUUUUUUUGUUGUUUUUUUUCCAGGGUAGCUUCGGAAUUGUAAGUUUUAUGUGGAGCUUUCUGUGUUGUUUUCUUCUUGGUAGUGGGAGUUGUUGUGGACAAAUGUUUGGUUUCAUACUCUAGCUUUAGCUUUAACUUACUGUCAGGUGUGACUUACACAAAUGGGAGGUUUGUUUAUAACUUCGAGCUAUCUGGAGUGCUUUGAUGGCUAAAAACUACCAGCUGAAACCAUGAAAAUUGAAACCAUGCUUGGGUUUAUUCUUUUCAUGCAGAGGACUUGUCUACACUCCCAGAGUGAAAAAGAUGAUGACAGAUUUUACAAGAGAGCAUACGUGGUUACAAAUACAGCAGGAACUCAGUUUGAGGAAACUAACAGAGGGUUCAGAGUAUCAAGAGGAACUAAAAUAUGACUUCAAUAUAAAAGGGGAACUGAGGCACCUGGAUACAAAUGAGUCCUUUGUUUUUAAUUACUAUAAGAAUGGACAUGAGCAGAAUCAUAAACGCUACAAAGUUCUGGGAUAUUUUAUUACUCAGUAUGUUUAUGAGCUCCUGGAAAGAAUCUGCAUGCUGCAGAAGGUUUCUAUUCCUACUGAUGCUACAGAGGAUGAACCAAGAAGUUUCUUUUUCAUGAGCAAGAAUGCACUAACAAGUUCCUCUAGCCUAAUUAUCCUUCUUCAAGACCGUGGAGUUUUUUGUGCUGGACAGUGGGGGCGAAGGGCAAUUGUCAGUGAGGGCCUGAGACAUGGAACACAAAUACCAUUCAUCAAAAUGGCCCUGCAAAGCCACUGGGAAGUGAUUGUACUGAACCCCAAUGACAACUUCACUGAGCCAAACUCUGAAAAGGGGAGAUUUUCUGCCUGGGAAGAAGCACCUACUUCUACACAGAUAUGGGGGAUCCCCAAGAGGGGCAGCAGCAGCCCUGAGGAGCAUACUGUGUAUGUAUGGGAUCAUUUCAUUGCAAAGAGUGCAGCCAGGAACGUGGCCUUCAUUGCCCAUGGCUAUGGUGGGUUGGUGUUUGUUGAUCUGCUGCUGCAGAGGAAACAUGAGGUGAUGAAUAAAGUGUACUCUGUGGCAUUCAUCGACUCCACACACAACAUACACCAGAGCAGACAUGAUCCAGAAAUACAGAAAUGGAUACACAAAAACUGCCGGGAAUGGGUGUCAAACAGUAAACCCCUAAAUAAAACUGUGCGCUUUCUCAUGAGAGUAAGCUGUCCUGCUUUCUCUGCUGGAACAGAAAAGUAUGGUUUAGCACCCUCCUGCUGCUUACAACCCAUCUUUAGGUACCUGAAGAGCAAGCUGAAAGCCAAGAUCGCAAAAGCCUCAAAUUCACCUGUUGCAACCAGAAGCAGCACAAGUAAGAAGAAAGGCAAUUAAUAAAGGUACGCUGGUUUGUUCUUGA